UCUCGCGAGAGCGAAACUCUCGUCCCUGACAGGCGGGCGUUCAGUCCCGGGGCCAUGGGAGGAGGGGUCUGGGGUCUGAAAUGGAAACGUGUUGUUUUCUGUGGCUGGAGUUGGGGUCACCUCGGCUCCUUGACCAGGACUGCGGAACAGAUAGAGCCGUUUCUUCUGCCGGGAUGGAGAGGGACGGGAGUUGCUGACAGAGGACUGAGGCGGCUUGGGACAUGGAAACGUCCGAGCCCGGCCCGGGGUCCGACCGCGGAGCAGCAGUGGCGGCCGAAAAGCACGAACCCUUUCACGCGUGCACAGGAAGAGGACUGGCGGCGAAGGAACAAGACGGUGCUCACAUACGUGGCCGCGGCCGCGGUGGGCAUGCUGGGGGCCUCCUACGCCGCGGUGCCCCUGUAUCGGCUCUACUGCCAGACUACUGGACUUGGAGGAUCAGCAGUAGCAGGUCAUGGAUCAGACCAGAUUGAAAGCAUGGUGCCUGUUAAAGACCGAAUCAUCAAGGUGACCUUCAAUGCAGAUGUCCACGCCAGUCUCCAAUGGAACUUUAGACCUCAGCAAUCAGAAAUAUAUGUGGUGCCAGGAGAGACUGCGCUGGCAUUUUAUAAAGCCAGGAAUCCUACCGACAAACCAGUAAUUGGAAUUUCUACAUAUAAUGUGGUACCAUUUGAAGCUGGACAGUAUUUUAAUAAAAUACAGUGCUUCUGUUUUGAAGAACAAAGACUUAACCCCCAAGAAGAAGUGGAUAUGCCAGUGUUUUUCUACAUUGAUCCUGAAUUUGCAGAAGAUCCAAGAAUGGUGAACGUUGAUCUUAUCACUCUUUCUUACACUUUUUUUGAAGCCAAGGAAGGGCAGAAGUUGCCACUUCCAGGUUAUAACUGAAGUAGUGUCCAAGUCCUGCUUCAGAUUUGUGAUUUUUGAAAAAUCAUGUGUCUUGAAUUCUCAUUGGAGGAACAUUCUACAGCGUGAACUGAAACUUUCUGUUUUAAGUGGUUCUCCUUUUUUUUUCCUCCAGUGAAUUUAUAUCACUCAAAAUUGAGAGAACAGAAUCAGCUUUUAUCAUAAACUGAUAAGCUUCUAUAAAGCAUGUGAUGGUUUGAUAAUGUACGUAAAAAUUUGAUGGUUUAAAAUAAAGCUGGUGGAAACAAUGUAGGAGUUACUAAGUUCUAAUGACUUGCUCAAAGAUUAUAAGCUUAUUUCAGAUCUAAUAAUGUUUUUCUUUAAGAUCUGAGGCUAUUGUACAUUCAAAAUAAUGAAUAUUUUAAUUACUUUGAAACUGGUAUCAUAGAAUCGAAAUAAAACACAAGUACAUCUACUAGUUUGCUAGCAUUUACCAUCAUAGUUCUAAUUCACUGAAUGUUAAAGUGUAUGGAUAGAAUUGUGAAAGUUUACUAAUAUAUAAGGAAAACUUCCUCUGCAAACAAAAUUCUUUAAAAAAAUUUUAUUAUUUUAAUGUUUUCAAUUACACAUUUAAUAUUUGUCAUUGUAAUUUAUGUAAGUGAAUACAGUUCAUUCAGAAGGUUUAGCAGUAUUUUUCCAAAUAGAAAUAUUAAUUAUAGUAAAAAGGUAAACAUUUAGCAUUAUAAAGAAUCAUAAUUCAAGGCCAUGUGAUGCAAAGUCUAGUGACCUCUUCAGGACACUUGAAAUAUAAUUAAACUACAAUCAUCAAGUCUUUAUUACAGUUCUAAAAAAAAGUGUCAUUUAUAAAGAAGUGCAAAUUGACUUCGACAUUCAAUUUUAGUUAAAUGAAGGCACUCAGUAGUAGUCUUCCUGAAUAAUUUAGUUUCUCACAUUUACUGCUUACAUCUUCAUCUACGUUUAUCACAGCUAUGUGAUGAUUUUUCUGUAUAGGAAGUCCUGUGCUUCAUAAGGUACUGUGAUUAAACUGGUUGACCUAAA